AUGGCGAGGCGCGCCUUGGCGACAGCGACGACCCUGCUGUCAUGGGGCUACUGCGUGCUCGCCGUGCGGGUCACCUUGUCCAACUUCUCCCUGGACCACGAGGCGCACUCCAACAGCUUCAUCCAGGGGCGGCUGCGGAGCCAGGAGCGCAGGGAGAUCCAGCGGGAGAUCCUCUCCAUCCUGGGGCUGCCGCACCGCCCGCGGCCGCAUGUGCGCACCACAAACAACGCCGCCCCGAUGUUCAUGCUGGACCUGUACAAUGCCAUCUCCACAGACCCGCCGCCGCGCGGAUAUCCGCUGCACAAGCCCGCUCUGCCCACCCAGAGCUACCCGGUGGUGACCCCGCAGGACAGCCGCUUCCUGGACGAGGCGGACACGGUGAUGAGCUUCGCCAACCUCGUGGAACAGGAUCAGGACCUCCUGUUCCAUCAGCACACCAGAGAGUUUCGCUUCGACCUUUCUCGCAUCCCAGAGGGAGAGGCCAUCACGGCGGCGGAGCUCCGGAUUUACAAGGACUUCAUUCGGGAACAGCAUGAAAACAAAACCUUCAGAGUCAGUGUCUACCAGGUGCAGCAGGACCCUGCGAACAGCGAAGUGAAGCUUCUGCUGCUGGACCAGCAGAAUAUUUGGGCGUCAGAUGAGAGCUGGCUGGUGUUUGACCUGACCGCCACCAGUAACCUGUGGCUGGUGAAGCCCGAGCAGAACCUCGGCCUGCAUUUGUUCGUGGAGGACAUCCACGGCCAGAGGCGGUCUCCCAGACUGGCGGGGCUGGUGACGGGCAGCAGGCUCCAGGACCGCCAGCCCUUCCUGGUCGUCUUCUUCAGAGCCAACCAUGUGCGGUUCCGCAGCGUCCGCUCCGCUCACGGCCACAGGGGGCGCCAGUCCAACCGCUCCAAACCCCAGAGGACCGCCCAAGAUGCAGCCAAGGCGGUGGAGGCUGCAACAGCUUCAGAUGCACUCGGUCUCUCCAAAGAGGGAUGUAAAAAGCACGAGCUCUACGUCAGCUUCAAGGACCUGGGAUGGCAGGACUGGAUCAUAGCACCAGAAGGCUAUUCGGCGUACUACUGCGAGGGGGAGUGCGCCUUCCCCCUCAACUCUCAAAUGAACGCCACCAACCACGCCAUCGUGCAAACUCUGGUGCACUUCAUCAACCCGGACGCAGUGCCCAAGCCCUGCUGCGCCCCCACGCAGCUCCACGGCAUCUCGGUGCUCUACUUCGACGACAGCUCCAACGUCAUCCUCAAGAAGUACCGCAACAUGGUGGUCCGAGCCUGUGGCUGUCACUGACGUCCCGUUAGGAGUUCAGCCAGUCUGGAGGUCUUCUGGAGGAAACAGCCACAAGUUUUAUACUCGGAGACAAAAGACAACUGACUUGAAAGAUGAUCAAAGAGCGAGUUUUACUCCGAUUCUCUGGUUUUUAUUAAGAGUUUUCUGCUCCCGCAGCCCAAUUAUAAGGAUUGGUCACAGACAAAAGCUGAACGAAUGGCUUCAUUUUAUUGUUAAAUGUGCCUUGGUGUUCAAGUCACUCGGCAGUGUGAAGUUACUCCUCAAACGAAACAGAAAUUUUAUUGCUAACAACAUCUUGUAAAAAGUUACGGUUUCCCCCGUUUUCCCGGAGCUGACAUCACAUGCAGCAACUCG